CGAAAAUAGUGAUAUACAUCAUAUGCAUGCAUAUACGUAACCGACAACAAUAAACCUCGAUAAUUCAAAUCGCGAACAACUUGUUAUACUUUCUAUUGUCAAAUUGAAGUUGAGUUUUAUGAAUAAAAAGCACUCGUACGGAGGAUCUGGCGCUAUCGGAUCCUCGCCUAGACGGUGAAUAUGUUUGUUUACGACGUGUUGGACAAGGAGAAGGUCUACCAGAUACUGUCAAACGAUCUUCGGAAUUUGGGGGUUAAACGCCGGAUCAAGAAGCAGGCGGCGUCGUCUUCUUCAGCGAAGCCGGACUCGGGAGGCGGUCAGUCGCUGAAGAAGGUCUUUAAGACGAGUUUGGCCCACCUGCCACUGGAUGUGGUGAAGCUAUCCUCAGGAGCGAUCGUCCACGUUCCCCAGUUCGUCAGCCAAGCCUGUUCCUACAUUGAGAAAUGCGGCAGCCAGGAGGGAAUAUUCCGAAAGGCGGGAUCCCACCUCCGACAGAAGGAGAUUAUCGCCCGUCUCGACGCCGGAUGCACCCUGGGUGAGAAGUACCAGGUCGUCGACGUCGCCAAUGUGUUAAAAACAUUUUUCAGGGAUCUCCCUGAUCCGCUGAUCCCACGCAUUUACCAGGAUGUCUUUCUGCGUUGUGCGCUUCUAAAAAAUUCCAGGGUCCAGGCUCUGCUCAUAGCGUGUCUGAUCCUUCCGCCACAUCACCUCAACACCCUUGCCUACCUUGCCGAGUUCUUGAAGCGAAUCGCCAGGCUCGAGCGGCAGAACAAAAUGGGCAUUGAUAAUCUGGCCAAAGUCAUGGGGCCCAGUAUUAUGCCGCUUCAGGAAACUACCAUGUCAGCUGUACAGUCGAGACUGGAAACUCAUCUUGUCAUAGUUAAGAUAUUGAUCGAAAACGCUGAGCGCAUCGGAGUCCUUCCUGAUCACGUAGCAGAUCUCAUUGCCUCCGAGACUCCGAGUAGUGUUGAAACCGAACUAAAUACGUCGGACUUUCUCAACCCAUCGAAAAAUAAGAAAAAGAAACGACGCAGCGGGAGUCUUACACGUAAGCCACAUCUAAGCGCCUCCAAUCUCAACCUGAGAAUGUUGAAUGGGCUGAAGAAGAUGGUCAGCAAGAGCGGGUCGCCGGAUGCCGCAGCAAGUAGCGGAGUCGUCGGAAGUGAAUUUAGUACUGCUGACACACCUUCGAUCAAAACAGGGAAGAAGCGCAAAGUGGCUGAGUCUGCAGCGCCGUUGAGUGCAAAGAAAAAGCGCCAAGUGCUUCAGACAUUGCCUGACGGCGGUUAUCCUAGGCCAGAAAACACUAUGUUUGCAUCCAUAAUAUCUAAUGAUCCAAACCCGUGCAAAGAAAAGAGUCCCGUUCAAAAGUCUCGAGUUAGAAAAUACCUUUCACAGAAAGUCCACAUCGAGAUAACAGGCAGUGAAAAACUAGAGAAAACUAAAAAGAUUCGACUCAGUCUCGAUAGACUGGUUUCCAAGAGCAAACAGAAACAGGCUGACUUAGAUUCGGAAAAUCACAAUGCUCCGAAUUCGCCGAGAAUUGAAAGACGCUGGAGUUCUAUGAGCAGUUCUUCUUGGUCGAAGAAAAAUCGGGUAGGGUACGACGGUUUUACAGUCGCUCAGUCUCUCUUGAAGGCAAAUAGGAAGCUUGAGGAUGGUCUCGACUCGGAGUACGACCAGGACGAGGUGUUCAUGGAUGCAGAGGUGAAUUUGUCGGACGAGAACACCGUGGAGGAGCGAAUAUCUGAAGAACGAAUGAACGUUGACUGCAGCCAGGCACCGCCAUUUUCAAACUUCACUGACCAACUGGUCGAAGGGGAUGAGGAGUACGUAACAAUACCAAAGAGCGAGUACGAGGAGAUAAAAAACAGAGUGUCGGCAAUAGAGUCCAGAAUUUCUCAGGAGUUUGGUUGCAUAUCGACAACCACUGACCAAAGUUUGAGCCAGACUUCGGCCAGCAAGGUGCAAAGUGAGUACGAAAAGACUUUGGAGGAGGCUAGCAUAGGUAGCACUGUGACUGCCGAUCAACUCGCUAAGAGACUGAGCAGGGAACUGAAGAUACGAAGGUCCGCGGAGCACAAAAUAAUCCGUUCACCCAGUGCCAGGAAAAUCGGCAACCUCCGAAGACGCUCUCAAGAAAAACCAGUCGGGAAACGAAGCAGCCGGCACGUCUCGUGGCUCGUUUCUAAGCCCGCGAGUACCGACGAACCUAUCGAAGAACUGAACAACUUAUGUCCAAAGUCCAGCCUGAAGCGAGGCCGACCGAAUACGGUCUACACCGGGCUGUCGCAGCGUUCCCAAUUGCUCCAGGGUUCAGAUUCCAUAUGCAGUGACGAGACGAACGCGAGGCUCGAUUUUCUGCAGAAGCAACUCCAUGCGUUGAUAACUCACACCGUCGAGCAUACCAAAGGCUCUCUGAGCGACGAUGAUACGUUCCUCGGCGAUCGCGACGACAGUUUGGACGUAUCGGACGGUGUAAUGCGCCCGCCAGUAAGGCGCGCGUCCUCCUUCCAUGGUGCGGAGUUUAUAGACAAUUCCAGACACUUCAACGAGAAGAUGAAGGAGUUAAAGAAGUCCAAUAGUCAACAGGACUUCACGUUGAACAAUGAGCGUCUAGGUACGAGGGAAACCGCAGAGGCGGUAGAACGGGGAAAGGUUAACGAGGACAACAACGUUAAUUGGAGAGACGCAGACUGCUAUUUUGGCUCGGAUGUCAGAUCUCGAACUCCCGCCCAACAGACUGGUAGGGCGUCAAUUGCCAAAUUGAGAACUCAGAAUGCGGGAAUGGUUCUGGCCAAGGCGAGGCUGUUUGACGAGACUUCCAAGAAGGAUGCUUCUAACGGGUCGAAUAAGAGCAGGGAUGUUAGAACUGACGCGAUUAGAAGACAAUCCGUAAAAGUGGGGAGAGCCAGGGAAACGAAGAGCUUGGACGGCGUCGACAGUCCUUCCGGACUGAAGAAAACAGGAGGAACGCCACGCAGGAAACACAGUAAAAGUCCAAAGAACAGUGGUGCCAAGUUGAAGCUCCUUCACUCAACGGGCACAUCCCCAUUGAUUAAAAUGGAACUGACCAUAAUGCCGUCUCAUCAGAAUGCUCAACAGGGUUCGGAGAAAAGGAGUGCCAGGCUGAGUGGUGAGAAGUGCGAAGCCAGACGGCGUUUGGAAACUACGAAAAAUGACGUGAAGACUGAAAGAAGCAAACUUAAUAAAUCGUUGUAUUUUAAUAGCGGAAAUAAUUUUCAUUGCGAAAAGGAGAAUAAGAACUUGUUCAGUCCCAACGAGAAGCAGAAAUCACCUGACUGCAUAUCCAAGGAAAUUAAUAGAAACAUGUUGAAUGUGGAGUCAUUGACGCCGUGCAAAACUCCCCACAUAAAACGGCCUUUAACGUUGAAAACCCCCAAAGAUGCUAAAAAUUUGAUGAGAAAACAAUGCAACGAUUCGCGACGCACUCCGAUGAAGGCUGUAGCUCUAACGACCUUCUCAACUUGAACAUUGAGCGCUGUUUUUAUAACUAUUUGAAAAAAAAAAAUUGAAA